AGACAACAAAGACAAUGAAUAAGCUGCCAGGUGCCAAUUUGGAAUUCGUGCGCGAGGAUGAUUUUGUCGAAUACUAUAUAUUCCCCAAGCUAGCUGACGUGGAUGAACACGAUGUGGAGAAAGUGCGCCAGCAGCUGGAGCAAGUGCGUACGGAUUGCAUGGCCCUCGUGGAAAAGAAGGUUGCAGAACGCUGUUAUAUUUGGAACAAGGAUGAAUUUCAUCUGCAAGUACGCACGGGAAGUGCUGAGGAACGUCUGCUCAACGAGGAAGGCAACAAGGAGGAGGAGGAGGAGCCUGAGGGUAUGCUGCCGCCCCAUUUGCACGGCGUCACGCAUUAUGGCGACAAUAUUGGGGAUGAGUGGUUUAUUGUCUAUCUCAUGAGCGAAUUGACCCGCUCUCGACCGGAUUGCAUAGGUCGUGUUUUCGAUGGCGACGGCGAGUUUCUGCUUAUCGAAGCAGCCGAUGUGCUGCCCGACUGGGCGAGUCCCGAGACGUGUGAACAGCGCGUUUACAUUGUUAAUGGCGGACUGCAGCUGUUACAAAAUGCCUCCAACAAUAGCGACAGCAAACGUAUGCCCAUGGCUAAAGCAGUGCAGCGCAUACGUCUCAAUCCCACGCUCUAUCGCUGUUCCCGUGACAUUCAGAAUUGCAUCGAGGCGCGUUUGCAAGAAUUUCAGCCAGCACAGCCACACGCUUCUAUUCAUCGCCAAAUAGUGCAGCUACCGCAGAAUGCGGCACAGUUGCUCAAGCAGCGACCUGGUCUAGUGGCGUCAGCUGUGCGCGCCUUCUGCGAAAGAGAUACGCUCGACACAAAAGCGCUGCGUACCAUGCGCUAUUUUCCUCCUGAAACCCCACGCAAACGCACAAAUGUCGCCUUCACUCGUUAUCUGUAUGCCAUGAUAAUGCAUAGCCAAUAUACACCGGAGCGUCGGCUGGGCUGGCAGUUGACGGACUCCGUUGCCAAUCCUGAGUGCUAUAAGGAACAGCUGCUGGGCGUAAAGCUAACUAGCGGCUUGGAAAUACUAGCCAGCCAGGCAAAACGUGCUGAUGACCAGCUGGACGACAAGUCACCUGCCUGGCGUGCAUAUUUGCGAAGCUUGCAGGGCAAGGGCUAUUUUCGGGACAACAUAGAGGGCAGUGCAGAGUAUGAACGCCUGUUGGCUACUGCUAAGGAGUAUUUUAAGUGCAACCAGGAACGCUUUCGAACUGCACCGUUGGUUGGCGCCGAAAUAGUAGAUAUGCUGUUGCAUCCUGGUGAGGGCAGCGCUGCGGAGCUGCUGCGUGACGAGGAGAACAAUCUCCUACCUAGUGAUUCAGAUGAUUGGUUGAACAUCACAGCCGAGGACCUGGAUGCGAUGCUGCAGCAGCGCUAUGGACCACAAAAGCUGUACAAUCCCAAUGGCGAUAUGAAUGCAGAAGAAUUUACCAAGCAUCUAUCUCAGUUCUUGGACAGGCAAUCCAACUUUGAAGGUAUUGAAGGGCCGAGUGAUGCCGGCGACGAGCUGGACUCAGACGACGACGAGCCACCGGCGCCAACAAGUGCGACGAGCAGCAACGCAAAGGUGAAAAAGAACGCUUCGAUGAGGAAGGCUUGCAAACGCAACUCUUUGAUUCAAUCCGAUGAGCAGGACAGCACACAUGUGCGCAAUUUUCUGGACUUUGUGAUACCAGAGGACAACUGGGAUUCCAAUUCAGAGAUGAGUGAUUAUGCGGACGAGGAGGAUAUAGAGCGCAAUUUUGAUGCGCUGUCCAAUGCCAGCGGUGGCGGCGACGCCAACUACCGUUUGGAUCGUAAUAUCAAGGCGUAUAUGGAGCAAAUGGAUCGUGAACUGGCACAGACUACUGUGGGCAAAUCGUUUCAUGCCAAGAGUAGCACAGCUGCCAGCACAUCGGAGCAGCACAAUGCUGCGGAGGAUGAUUUCGAUGACAUUGAGGACUUUGAGCCUAUUAAUAUAAACGUGAAUACGCUGCGCAAUAUGAUGGACAGCUAUAAGUCGCAAAUGGGCGGCGCAGGUCCCGUAUCCAAUUUAUUUAAUGCCAUGGGCGUGGGAAUGUCAGCUGCAGCUGCAGACGAAAAGUCCAAGGAUCUAUCAGAGUCGGCUGUCUAAGGCACAAACAGGAACU